UAUGCGUGCUUCAUCAGAAAAGGGUCGCCAUUUCCUGAUCUUGUGCCUGUUCGAUGUCAACAACAAACGGCGACAUGACAACUCCGACCAAAUCGACUUCGGAUAGGAACGAUUCCUCAUCAUCAUCUGUCUCCAGAAAGCAGCAACACCGCCAAUCGACCGAUCGAAAUCGGAUGGCAUCCGAGUUCAAGGCUAGAUUCGAGGCCUACAAUCGUCUACAGGCAGCAGCAGUUGCCUUCGGUGAGAAGCUCCCUAUCCCCGAGAUCGUUGCCCUAGGAGGUCAGUCCGACGGCAAGAGCUCGCUCUUGGAAGCUCUAUUAGGAUUUAGAUUUAACAUUCGUGAAGUUGAAAUGGGCACUAGAAGACCUCUCAUUCUCCAAAUGGUUCAUGAUUCCACCGCAUUAGAACCUCGAUGCAGAUUUCAGGAUGACGAUUCUGAAGAAUAUGGAAACCCUGUAAUUUCGGCAUCUGCAAUUGCUGAUAUAAUAAAGUCAAGAACUGAAGCACUUCUUAAGAAAACAAGGACUGCUGUUUCUUCAAUUCCAAUUGUGAUGAGAGCAGAAUAUGCUUAUUGUCCAAAUCUCACCAUCAUUGACACCCCUGGUUUUGUUCUGAAGGCAAAGAAGGGUGAACCGGAGAAUACACCUCAAGAAAUCCUAUCCAUGGUGAAGUCGUUGGCUAGUCCUCCCCAUCGCAUUCUCUUGUUUCUUCAGCAAAGUAGUGUGGAGUGGUGUUCCUCUUUGUGGUUAGAUACCAUUCGUGAAAUAGAUCCAUCGUUUAAGAGGACAAUGAUUGUUGUCUCCAAAUUUGAUAACCGGCUUAAGGAGUUCACUGAUAGAUGGGAAGUAGAUAAGUAUUUGAGUGCAAGUGGUUACCUUGGAGAGAACACUCGGCCAUUUUUUGUGGCCUUACCAAAGGACAAAGGCACAAUUUCAAAUGAAGAAUUCCGCCAACAAAUAUCAGUGGUUGAUUCAGAUAUACUCCAUCACCUUCAAAAAGGAGUUACUGGGGGUUUUGACGAAGAAAAGUUCAAGUCCCAUAUUGGUUUUGGCCGUCUCAGGGAUUAUUUGGAGUCGGAGCUUCAGAAAAGAUUUAAGGAAGCAGCUCCUGCCACACUGGCCUUGCUUGAACAACGUUGUGGUGAAAUAACUUAUGAAUUGGAGAGAAUGGACUCCAAGUUAGAGGCUACUUCAGAUGUUGUGCAUCUUCGAAAAUCUGCAAUGUUGCAUGCUGCUUCCAUCUGCAAUCAUGUGGGAGCAUUGAUAGAUGGAGCAGCAGAUCCUGCUCCAGAACAAUGGGGUAAAACAACAGAGGAGGAAAGGUCAGAAAGUGGAAUUGGGAGUUGGCCUGGAAUCAAAGAAGCAGAUAUAAAACCUCCAAAUGCCACCCUUCGUCUAUAUGGAGGAGCUUCUUUUGAGAGGGUUAUGCAUGAAUUCCGUUGUGCUACUUAUUCAAUAGAAUGUCCUCCAGUUUCAAGGGAGAAGGUUGCCAACAUAUUGCUUGCUCAUGCUGGCCGAGGUGGUGGUAAAGGAGUUACAGAGGCAGCUGCAGAAAUUGCUCGUUCUGCUGCAAGGUCAUGGCUGGCUCCCCUUCUUGACACAGCCUGUGAUCGUCUGGCUUUUGUUCUGGUCAACCUUUUCGAUCUUGCAGUUGAGAGAAAUCGAAGUCGUGAGGAAGAAUAUGGAAGGAGCAAAGCAGACAUGGAUGGAUACAUAGGAUUCCAUGCUGCAUUAAGACACUCCUACAGUCGAUUUGUGAAGGAUCUUGCAAAACAUUGCAAGCAACUAGUUAGACAUCACCUCGAUUCAGUUACUGGCCCUUACGCUCAGUUUUGUUAUGAAAAUGAGCUUUCGGGAUCUUAUGGUUCCAUGUAUAGAUCAGCUGGGCCAUUUUGCCUUGAACUUGCAGACGGGGGAACUAAUUUUAAAGAUAGAUUGUCCAAUAAAGGCCAAGAGAACAUACCACCGGCUCUGGAAAAUAAUGUCCAGGAAGUGACACCAGGAAAAACAGUAGAAUCAAGAGAGAGCCUAUUGACUAUACCUGAAACCCCAUCACCAGAUCAGCCAUGUGACAACUAUAUUACUGUUAAGAAGGAAUUAGGAGGAAAUUGUGUUGAUUUAGUAGGAGCAAGAAAAAGACAUCCUAGGAUAGCUGGUAAUAACAGAAAUUCCGACAAUUCGCGAUCCCAACUCGGUGGCAGUCUUUUGUUUGGAAACAUGGGAGGGGAUGGAAGUUCCAGAACAGGUUCAGCUUACUCAGAAAUAUGUUCAUUGGCUGCACAGCAUUUCGCACGUAUUCGUGAAGUUCUUAUUGAACGUAGUGUAAUAUCAACACUUAAUUCUGGCUUCUUGACUCCUUGCCGAGACAGGCUGGUGGUGGCAGUUGGGUUGGAUUUGUUUGCAGUUAACGACGAGAAAUUCAUGGACAUGUUUGUUGCUCCGGGGGCGAUCGACGUGCUUCAGAACGAGAAACAGUCUCUACAGAAGAGGCAAAAGACACUCCAUUCUUGCUUGAAUGAGUUCAAGAAUGUGGCUAGAACACUUUGAUUGAGAGGUUUGCUUUUUUUGGCUUACUUUUUAAUUUCAUUGCUUUGAUGAUAUUGCAAAAACUUUGAACAAGUAGUCAUUUGUUAAGUUACAAUUAAAUGCUUUUUAAUUCAA